CAUGUUUGGCUGAACUUCAGCCGAGUUUUUGCUUCCACCAGCCGCUCACCUUCAGUGCUGGAACCGGGUGUGGUUAGGAUGGUGUCCUUCCAGAUAAGCCAACAAAUGAACAGCAACACACAGCUAACUUCUUCUUCACUCCCUCCUCUCAUCAUCCUCGUGAGGUAUCGCUCACUUCAUCCACCUUUUCUCCAUCUUUUCAGCUUGUUCAGCUGAAAGCAGGGCAACAGGUAACUGAAAUGGGCGAAUGGGAGCUACUGGGCCGCCUUCUGGAAAAAGUUCAGAGCCACUCCUCAGUGAUCGGUAAAGUCUGGCUCACUGUCCUGUUCGUCUUCCGGAUCAUGGUCCUGCGCACUGGUGCCGAGAAGGUGUGGGGGGAUGAGCAGUCUGAUUUUGUCUGCAACACUCAGCAGCCCGGCUGUGAGAACGUCUGCUAUGACCUCGCCUUCCCCAUCUCUCACGUUCGAUUUUGGGUUCUUCAGAUCAUCGCUAUAGCGACUCCAAAGCUGCUAUACCUCGGUCAUGUCCUCCAUGUUCUUCACGUUGAGAAGAAGUUAAAGGAGAGGAUAAAGAAGCAGGCAGAGCUGGAUGACCAGACCAGCCUCUUCAUUAGGACGACCUACAAAGUUCCCAAGUACACCAAAAGCAGCGGGAAGAUCAGCCUUCGCGGCCGCCUCCUUCGCAGUUAUGUCCUCCAUCUUUUUGCCAAGAUCAUCUUGGAAGCAUUGUUCAUUGUGGGUCAGUACUUUCUUUACGGUUUCACCCUGCAGGCUCGCUACGUCUGCACCCGCUUCCCCUGCCCUCACAAGGUGGACUGCUUCCUGUCCAGACCCACUGAGAAAUCUGUCAUCAUCUGGUUCAUGCUGGUUGCAGCUUUUGUCUCACUCGUACUCAGCAUUGUUGAGCUGUUUUAUCUGUGUGUGAAAGCCAUGAAGGAGUGCAUGGCAAGGAGGCAAGACUACACCGUAACCCCGGUGACUCCCCCAAGUUCAGAGAAGAAAGCGUUUAAAAGCAGAGACAACAUGAUCCAGAAUUAUGUUAACAUGGAGUUGGAGCUGAAAGGACGAAAGCAGGGGGUGAAAGGGAUUACAGGAGGGGUUGGAGAGGAGGCUAAAAAUGCAUCAUGUGAGAGCAACAUAGGGGAGAUCCACAUCUAAAACAUGGACUGAGUAACAUUCUGCGUGGGGACACUUUCCAAGCAGUUCCAGGGUUUUUGUUUGCUAUGGCUGAAAGGCGGGGUGUGUGCAGUAAGCAGAGGAAGAGAUGGGAAUGACCAGCUUCAGUAAACAGAACUCAGUCACAUGCAAAAUGUUGCUUAAGCUGACUGCAAGAAGCUGUUGUGGCAUCAUGAAAUACACAAAGCCAAAUUUUCUUUUUCACACUUUAAAGAGCAACAUUUUUUAAAAAAAAACAAAAAACAAAUUAGAUCAGAUAUCUGAUAGAUUGAGUUCAU